AUGUCUGCUCUACUGUUUGAUGCCAUUGUUGAUGUGGGGGAUGGCCAUGGAAAGACUAUGACGGUUAAUGUCAUGAGUCUGGUAGAUAAUAUAGAUCUAGGUAUUGUAUCAGACCGACCGGAAGAUAAUUUGGUGGUCAAACUAAAGAGUGAAACUCAUGAGAAACUUCAAGGUUGUUUCAUGGUAAACUAUGGAGAUGCCGUAGGUAGUUAUAUUUAUAAAGAAGCCAUACUAUACCCUAUUUUAAAUGAAUACUACGGCAUUGUAGAUAUCACCAAGAAGUCCAAAGUAGGUUUAAAUCUCAAGUUUGGAAGUAUACAAGGAGAUUUAUCCGAUAAUAAACAUCGAGUACUUCCACCCAUAGACCCCACAGAUUUUGAAAUUCAUAACUUUGAACAACUUAAAUCAUCAUUUUGUCUAGCUCCACCUUCUGUGGAGCCAACACAAGUAAUCAACAAUUCCCCAGAACAAAUUAUCGAGCCUUUACCUUACCUCAAAUCAAGAUAUUACAAUAUUCUAUAUUCCACCUCAAUACCCUUGACAUAUUUCCCAAAGACUGCCCUUUCAAGAUUGAAGGUGCUUUGUAAUAAUGACCAAAACAGCGUCAAAGAAAUCCUUCAAAGCUUAGUGCUAAAUAACGAUUCGUUUAAUCAACGUCAUGAAGGAAGAUUUGGAGUCUUAAGCGUCAACAUUCCAGAUAAAGAUACCAGCACUUAUCAAAUUGAUUCCAUAGAAAAGAAUUGUCAGUCAGAAUAUCUCCUAAAACACAACAACUUGAAGAAUGAAAGUCUAGUCAAUGAUUUGGUUUUAGAAUUGAAAGUACGAGAAUCUCAAUUGCAGUUACUACUUCUCCUUGAAAUUCUUACGCUUCUGAAUAUUAUCGAAUCAGAAUUUCUUAACACAGCAUCCCCAGAGAAACCUAAACCAAAGAAGUCAAGGCCGUCAUUAAUUAGAAAGAAGAAUUCUAAACGUAAAAUUAUACCUACAUUUUUGGGAAUGGGUGUAUCCAAUGAAACCCCACCCCAAGCACCUAUUCACAGUAGUUCGUCGAUAUUCCAUUCAUUGAAUAAUUUGAUUGAAAAAAUGAAUCUUUGGGAUACUUUAUCAAGUAAGAAGAAAGAUUCGACCAUUUCAUUUGUAGCUUAUGUUUUGGUACCUCAUUAUAAGAACAAACUACCAGAAACUAUCAAUUAUAUCGUGGGUAGAAUCAAAAGUCUGAACUUGAAAUUAAAGAGCUCUAGUAGAUCUUUGAGACCAGUUCCAAAGCUCAAACCAGCAUUGAAACCUUCAACUAAAUCACAAACCGUUGAAAGACCAAACUUGAAAACACUCGAUGACAAAACAUUUGCUCCACCGACAUUUAUGAGAUCAAAUUCUAAUCUUUCAUCGAAAAACCUUCACAGAAGACAAGUUGAUUUUUCACAACCCAAAGCUACUAAGCUGAAAAGUUUAACUGAUUUAUCAGCCCCUCCUAAAAUUUUCGGAGUUGCCAAAAAAUCUAAAUCAAAAGCUUCCUUCUCUCAAGUUGAAGCCACUCCUAUCAAGAAAUCACAAUCUAUGAUAUUGAAUCACGAAAUGGUAGAUUCACCUGUUCAAAUUCAAAUCACAGAAACUCCUCAAAAACCUUUAAGUCUGUCACCAAUUGAUUUGUUUAGUCGUGGCAAUGCAUACUUAUCGCCAGUAGAGGAAAGACUCAAGAUGGCUAAUGAACUUUUAAGUCCAGCUCCCAUUGAUGUCACACAUAUAAAUUCAUCACCCAUUGAGAGGAAAAGAAAACCAGGUGAUCCAUUCCAAUCACCAUUUUUCAACUCUUUAAAUGGUUCCCCAUUGGCUACCAGUAAAAAAUUAGAAGAAAUCAAUAUCUUCAAAAGAGGAGGCACCAAGAGGAAGAAACAGCAUUAA